UUCUCAAUUUCACAUAAAAAGAUUAACACAACUAAUCAAUGGUCUGACAUUGGAUAUACACACAACGAAAAAUGAAGUCUGCUGUGUUGAUUGUUUGUGUUCUGAUAUAUGUUUCCAUCAUCUCUGAAGCUUGUAAAUGUUUCGUCCGUCAUCCGCAAAACGAUUUUUGCCAAGCAGAUUAUGUGAUCAAGGCAGAAGUACUCGGUGAGGAAAACGUCACUUCGUUUGAAAAAAGAUACAAAGUAAAAGUGCUGGAAAAUUACAAGAGUGGGUACACAAGUCCAUUCAAAUAUUCCCAAGUAUGGAUAUACACUACAACUUCAUCGGCCGCAUGUGGAGUACAGCUAGACAUAGGAAAAACAUAUGUUAUCACAGGUCCUAAAAGAGGUACUAAACUUACGGCUAACACCUGUUCCUGGAAUGUCGAAGUAUCUGCCUUGACAAGUUUCCAAAGAAACGCCCUUAGAAAAGGCUAUUACAGAAAGAAUUGCGAAUGCAAGAUUCGGGAAUGUCCACAUAAUCGAUGUGAACAAGGAGAUGGCUGUCUAGCUCCAUACGACAACUCUUUUUGUUUCCACCAGAACGCGGCUUGUAAACAAUCAGCAUAUCCAACGUCAUGUGAAUGGACCCCCAAUACUUGUUAAUAUUUUAUAUAUGGAUAAAAUUUCAUGAAUAAACAUUUACAAAAAA